CAAGAAUUCAUGUCGUAAUGAUCUCCCUCCCCCCAGACCUAUUGCGGAGGCAAGUACUUGCGAAUUGUACCAGAAACCAUGCCCAGUGCCGGGAUUCACUGUGCGAGCACCCGGCAACUUGCCGUACGGGCCUUCAGGCGCCUUGAAGACGAACUGCAGACUAUCAUAUAAUUUGGUAUGAUCGUAAGAUCGUGUAUAAAGGAGGUCAUCUUUCUCAUAGUACAAAGUUACUACCCAAAAACCAUCACCAUACCUCAAUCCUACGUUGAAACAUGGCCUCCCAAAUUAAGUCGUCCGGUUACAUACCUCGAGACUCUGUUAAACUUUUCUACGAACGGGAGGGCACUAGUGGAUCUAGGACUAUUCUGUUCAUCCACGGGUUUGGAGGGACCACGAAUGCCUUCCAACCGCUGGUUUCUAGCUUGCAGGAUUUCGAUCUAGUUCGCUUCGACUGGGCCGGCCAUGGUCGGAGUUCCGUACCACAGAGUACUAGUAUCGAGUCAUACGUAGCAGACUGCGAGGCUAUCAUUGGCUACUUGGGGUUAAAAGAUAUUCUGGUUGUGGGCCACUCAUUCGGCGGGCUCAUCAGUUUUCAUCUUGCAGCGAAGCACCCGGAUAUUGUAAAGGGGGUUGUAGCCUUCGGCCCCGUCAGACCGCCUCCUGAGGCUGGCCAGAAAGCACUUGCCACCCGCUCCGCUACAGUUCGAAGUGAGGGAAUUGGGGCAGUUGCUGAUUUGGUAGUGUCAAAUGCAUUCUCACCCAAGUCAUUGAUCAACCGGAAAGGGGAGGUAGCACUAGCCAGAGAAAUGCUUACGAGACAGAAUCCGGAAGGAUAUGCUUUGGCCUUGGAUGCUCUGGCAGGAAGUUCGGCGCCUGCUUGGAAACAAAUCAAGGCUAAUGUUCUUGUUCUAACUGGAGACGAAGACAAGGUAUCUACAGCCACGGCGGGAGCAGAUAUAGUGAAGGAUAUUGGAUCGAACGCCAAGCAGAUGGUAUUCAAGGAUACAGGUCAUUGGCAUGUACUGGAGAGUACAGAUGCGUCUAUUAAGGCGAUCAUUUCGGCUGCUAAAAAUAUUGCGUAGUGUUCUCUAGCCUACAGAUGAUGUAGUUGCUUUAGUUACAGUGCGCCUGGGCAUUGGUAGUGGAGAGGUAGAUAGUUAUAAAAUAGUAUGCCUAGUUGAUACUAUGUUAGUUAUGCUGUUUAAAUCUCUUGUAUUUACUAUGG